GGGCUUCAGCUUCAGCACCGGCCCCACCCAGCUCCUUCCUCUGGGGUGCGUGCGUGUUAGGCUGAGGGGGCCUCCGGCCACUCAGGAGUUAAAAUGGCAGCGGGACUGGAGGGGGUUGGCGUGGUAUGCAGACUGGGAGGAGGCGACCGGAGUGGGCUGGGGAGGUUGGGAGAGCGGCGGAGAAGCGAGUGAGGAAGGCGAGCGAGAAGCGGGAGGAGGGGCGCGGAGGGGCUCCAGGCGCCGGAGGGCCUGCUCCGUGCACUUGCAGACGCGCGGCGCGCACCGGGAGCGCCCGGCCCUCGCCUGCCAGCCUCCGGCCAAGACGCGGGGAGCGGGUGAGGACCGAUUGUGAUUCUGCCAUCGUCCGCACCGGCUCGGCCCCACAACCACUCCCAGGAUAAGUCCACGUUGGGGAAGGCGCCUACCCAGCCUCCCCCGCCUGUGCGGCGGCGCGCGCGGCGGGAGGGCGCGGAGCUGCGUCCCCCAGCCCAGCCCCGGCCGGCCGAAGGCGAUCGGAGCGCCGCGCCACGGGCGGCGGACGGCGGACGGCGCCCGCGGGGCUGCCCCAGACGGGCCAUGGCGAUGAGGGAGCAGGCCCAGCCCCGGCGCACAGGAACGAGAAGCCACACCCAGGAGGGCACAGAGUGAUGCCCACCCAUGGCCACAUAGAAUGACUGUCCAGGGACGGCGGUUCCCCAGGCCCUGGCUGGGCUGCUGACCCUCAACCUGCCAAACACGAAGAGCAAGACUGGACUCUACUUGUGGAUGGUCCCCUGCCCCCCAGCCCCAUCAUGAGGCUCCUCGUGGCCCCCAUCCUGCUAGCUUGUGUGGCUGGUGCCACUGCUGCCGUGCCCGUGGUGCCCUGGCAUGUGCCCUGCCCGCCUCAGUGUGCCUGCCAGAUCCGGCCCUGGUAUACGCCUCGCUCAUCCUACCGAGAGGCCACCACGGUGGACUGCAAUGACCUAUUCCUGACAGCGGUUCCCCCGGCGCUCCCUGCGGGGACACAGACCCUGCUGCUGCAGAGCAACAGCAUCGUCCGUGUGGACCAGAGUGAGCUCGCCUACCUGGCCAACCUCACGGAGCUGGACCUGUCCCAGAACAGCUUCUCAGACGCACGUGACUGUGACUUCCGGGCCCUGCCCCAGCUGCUGAGCCUGCACCUGGAGGAGAACCAGCUGGCCCGGCUGGAGGACCACAGCUUCGCAGGGCUGGCCGGCCUGCAGGAGCUCUAUCUCAACCACAACCAGCUCUACCGCAUCGCACCCCGGGCCUUCGCGGGGCUCGGCAACCUGCUGCGGCUGCACCUGAACUCCAACCUGCUCAGGGCCAUCGACAGCCGCUGGUUCGAGAUGCUGCCCAACUUGGAGAUCCUCAUGAUUGGUGGCAACAAGGUGGACGCCAUCCUGGACAUGAACUUCCGGCCCCUGGCCAACCUGCGCAGCCUGGUUCUGGCGGGCAUGAGCCUGCGGGAGAUCUCUGACUACGCCCUGGAGGGGCUGCAAAGCCUGGAGAGCCUCUCCUUCUACGACAACCAGCUGGCCCGCGUGCCCAGGCGGGCCCUGGAGCAGGUGCCUGGGCUCAAGUUCCUAGACUUGAAUAAGAACCCGCUGCAGCGGGUGGGGCCGGGGGACUUUGCUAACAUGCUGCAUCUCAAGGAGCUGGGGCUGAACAACAUGGAGGAGCUGGUCUCCAUUGACAAGUUCGCCCUGGUCAACCUCCCCGAGCUGACCAAGCUGGACAUCACCAACAACCCGCGUCUGUCCUUCAUCCACCCCCGCGCCUUCCACCACCUGCCCCAGAUGGAGACCCUCAUGCUCAACAACAACGCUCUCAGUGCCUUGCACCAUCAGACCGUGGAGUCCCUGCCCAACCUGCAGGAGGUGGGGCUCCACGGCAACCCCAUCCGCUGUGACUGUGUCAUCCGCUGGGCUAAUGCCACAGGCACCCGGGUCCGCUUCAUUGAGCCACAGUCCACCCUGUGUGCUGAGCCACCAGACCUCCAGCGCCGCCCUGUCCGUGAGGUGCCCUUCCGGGAAAUGACGAACCACUGCCUGCCCCUCAUCUCCCCCCGCAGCUUCCCCCCCAGCCUCCAGGUGGCCAGUGGAGGGACCAUGGUACUGCACUGCCGGGCACUGGCUGAACCAGAACCUGAGAUCUACUGGGUCACUCCAACUGGGGUUCGACUGACACCUGCCCAUGCAGGCAGGAGAUACCGAGUGUACCCCGAAGGGACCCUGGAGCUGCGGAGAGUGACAGUGGAAGAGGCAGGGCUGUACACCUGUGUGGCCCAGAACCUGGUGGGGGCUGACACUAAGACGGUCAGCGUGGUGGUUGGCCAUGCUUCCCAGCCAGGCAGGAAUGAGGGACGGGGACUGGAGCUCCGGGUGCAGGAGACCCACCCCUAUCACAUUCUGCUCUCUUGGGUUCCUCCACCCAACACAGUUUCCACCAACCUCACCUGGUCCAUUGCCUCCUCUCUCCGGGGCCAGGGGGCCACUUCUCUGGCCCGCCUACCCCGGGGCACCCACAGCUACAACAUCACCCGCCUCCUGCAGGCCACAGAGUACUGGGCCUGCCUGCAAGUGGCCUUUGCUGAUGCCCACACCCAGUUGGCUUGUGUAUGGGCCAGGACUAAAGAGGCCACUCCUUGCCACAGAGCCCUUGGGGACCGGCCUGGGCUCAUAGCCAUCCUGGCUCUUGCUGUCCUCCUGCUGGCAGCUGGGCUCAUGGCCCACCUUGGCACAGGCCAGCCCAGACAGGGGGUGGGUGGGCGGCCUCUCUUUCCAGUCUGGGCAUUCUGGGGCUGGAGCGCCCCGUCCAUCCGGGUGGUGUCUGCACCCCUUGUCCUGCCUUGGAAUCCAGGGAGGAAGCUGUCCUGGUCCUCAGAAGGGGAGACACUGUCACCACCAUUGUCUCAGAAUUCCUGAAGCUCGGCCAGUUCUCAGCAGUAAAGAAAUAACUAGGACUACUUUUUAUCAAAAGGGAAGCAAUCUGGGCCAGAUGCCCUGCCAGGAAAGUGGCAUGGACCCACGUGCUUGAGGCCUGGCAGCUGGACCUGGACACAGAGGCCCUGUGGCUCCCAGGGGGUUUCCUGAGGCCUCCAAAAUGUUACUCUUACCUUCUGGGGUCCUCUGCUGCACUAUGAGGAACAUUUCCAAGGAACAGGAAGGACUCUAGCUAGAGCCUCCCACCUCCCGUCUAUCUACAUGCCCAGAGGCUGUUGGGCCUCUGCUCGGUUGUCCCCUGCCUGUGUCCCCAGGCCGUGGGCCACAGGAUGCACCCUUCCUCUUCUCUUUCUUUGUACAGUCUCAGUUGCUUGCUCAUUCCCCUCCUGGGCAAGGGCUGAGGGAGGCCUCUCCUUCCCAUCUCGGGGGACCACCCCAAAGUGGGAGUGACCCCAGCUGGGCCUGCAGGAUGUCUGGGGAGAGGGAUGCCCAGGAACGCAUCUUGGCAGCCUGAGCUCUCCGGCGCUGACUUUCUAUAGGCAAUUUUGUACCUUUGUGGAGAAAUGUGUCACCUGCCCCAACUCAAUUCACUCUUUUCUCCUGUUUUGUAAAAAAUAAAAAUAAACAAUAAAAUAACAACGACGAUAAGGGGGAAGGGAACAGAAUGAAAAGGAAAGAAUCCUUUGCCUUCUGAGCGUGAGGGAAGAGCUCUCUGCCCUGGGAUUCUUCAGAGCCUGACAGCCGGGGGUAGGGGGGGCGCAGUUUUUCCAUUUAAGUUUGAAUUCUGGCCUCUGGGUCUGCCCAACCCCAGAGAGCCUCUAUAGUUAUAAGCAGGAGAGGGGACAAAGAGCAAAAGAGGCUGAUGAUGUCCAGCAAGGAAGAGAAGGAGGAAGAUCACACUGCAGGCUAGGAGAGGGGUGGAAGAGAAAAAUGGAGAUGCAUAAAGAUGCAGAGAGAGAGCGGAAAUUUCCAUCACCAAACACGGUCCCCGCGUCUCCUUCUCUGAUAAGCAAUUAACAUGCCAGUGCAUAGGAAGCACUUCCCCUGCCUAUUUCUAAUUAAACAAACCCAAGAGGCAGAGUCAUGCAGAGAAUUGCAAAUCAUCAAGACAGCAAGAACUUUGGCUCACUGGGGCAGGAGGGGGAGUGGGGUGAUAGAGGAUUUGAGGAGGGGAAGACUGUG